GACUGGUAGCCUUUCAAACCUGGGCUCAUGGCGCCGGUGUUCCGAUCCCGCUAUCCCGAGGACACCCCGAGCUCUCGGAGACGGCGACGCAGCUCCUCGAGAAGCCCGCCCUCCGCCCGGGCCAAACACUCCCCUCUGGGCGGCCGCUCCCGCUGUCACUCCCGCGGCCGUGAAGUCCUCAGGCCCUUGUGGAGUGGGUCCGGCGUCGGCGCCCCUUACCCGGUUAGUCCCUCGGGGUCUAGAGAGCCAACUCCCGGGCCCCGCAGUUAUGUCUUCUCGUCCUCUUCGGACUGUUAUGGCGGAUACCGCUACCAUCACCACCAUUAUGCUGGUGACCGGCAGUGGGCGCAAGACUACGAGAAGGAAAAGGAGGAGAGACUUCGGCAGAGGCGGUUGAAAGAGAGAGAGAGGAUUGGGGAGUUGGGAGCACCUAAGGUGUGGGGUCUGUCUCCAAAAUUUCCUGAGCCUGAUUCGGAUGCACACACCCCGGCUGAGGAUGAAGAAGCCAAGACUGAGAAAGGCAGCAGUUCAGAGUCCAGCUCCGAAGAAGAAAAAAGGAAAAAGACGACCAGUCGCUCAAAAAAUAAGAAAAAAAGAAAGAAAAAGUCAUCCAAAAGAAAACAUAAAAAGUAUUCUGAUAAUAGUGACAGUAGUUCAGACUCUGACACUAAUUCUAGCUCUGGUAAUGAUAAAAAGAGAGCCAAAAAAGCCAAGAAGAAAGAGAAGAAAAAGAAACACAAAGCAAAAAAGCCCAAGAAAAAGAAUAAGAAGACAAAAAAAGAAUCCAGUGACUCAAGCUGUAAGGAUUCAGAAGGGGAGUUGCCAGAAGAUAUCUGGACUGAGCAGUCAAAGAUUACAGAUACCAUGGAUUUAAUAGGUCCUGAAGCACCUAUAACACACACCUCUCAAGAUGAUAAACCUUUAAACUAUGGCCAUGCUCUGCUGCCAGGUGAGGGUGCAGCUAUGGCUGAGUAUGUAAAAGCUGGAAAGCGUAUCCCUCGAAGAGGCGAAAUUGGGCUGACAAGUGAAGAGAUCGCUUCGUUUGAAUGCUCAGGUUAUGUCAUGAGUGGUAGCAGACAUCGCAGAAUGGAAGCUGUGCGACUGCGUAAAGAGAAUCAGAUCUACAGUGCCGAUGAGAAGAGAGCCCUUGCAUCCUUUAACCAAGAAGAGAGACGAAAGAGAGAGAAUAAGAUACUAGCCAGUUUCCGAGAGAUGGUAUACAGAAAGACAAAAGGGAAAGAUGACAAGUAAGGACUUUCUGUUGUACAGCAGGACUUUUAACACGACAAAAGGUUUAUGUGACCAAAACAGCAUUAAAAGACUCUAUUGUGCUCCUGUACCCGUAUGUCAGUAAGUCCCUCAAAAAAGCUGCUUUUUGCGAUAUCUUUAAAAUUUUAUUUUUUGUUUUUAACUUUAAAAAAUAAUAUUGCACAGGCUUAAGAAAAAAUUCAAACACUACAUACAGGAGAAGAUAAAGUAAAAAAUUAGCCAACCCAGUCCCUGAUCUCUUUCCCCAGAGAAAUCUCUAAUGUCUUCUAUAUCUCUCCAUAAGUUUUGUGUUUAUACAAGAAUAUAUGUUGCAGGAUAAAUGGUUGGAAUUAUUAAAUUGAAGAUUUUUUUCCCAUUGCCCUGACUUUUUUCUCUCUCUCUGAGACCUUCGUUGCCCCAUGGAGCCAUUCAUUUGCCUCAGGUAAAACCAAAAAAACCCCAAAGAAAACAAGAGUCAAUUGAGUGUAUACUUCUGGUUGUAGUUAACAGACUGCAUUAAGUAAUGGAAAUGAUUUACUGGCUCAUGUAACUGUAAAGUCCAGCAGGAAGACAGAUGUCCUGCAUGGUUUUAACAGGACUUUGGCUUAUUUCUCUACCUUUCUCUAAUAUGAGUUGGUUUUCCUUCGCAGGUGUUUCCCUUUUAUAGCAAAAUGCCUUCCAAAGCUGAUGAGCUUGGUUAUGUAUUUCCUGGUCAGUCUUGGAAGAAAGAAAGAGUAUUUCUGUCUUGUCAUUCCAAGCAAGAAUCCUGAGAUUCAGUCCAACCAGAAUUAGCUUAGGUUUCAUUCCCACCCUCGAAAAAGGUGCUGUUGCCAGAUAAAUAGAAUGGCCUACUCCAGAAACUGUAGGUAUUGUCAGCUUACGGGCUAUCUUGGGAAGGAUUGAAUGAAAAUCAGGGUAAUGUUAGGAAGGGUAUGUAGGUGACCAAAAAAUGUCCACUACAGUUUUGAAUGAUUUUUUUGGAUUGAUUUUUUUAAGCAUAGAAACUAUAUGUUCUAAAAGCCAAAAAUUUCUUAAAGAAAAGCUUGUCUUUCACUAUUAGAAGCCAAAUCCUAAUUGAAGACAGCAUAGGGUUUAUCCAUAUGUGAUAUGGAUAUGGAUAUAAUAUAGACAGCACAGUGAAAAGAUGAAAAUUCAGGCUGCUUGAAGAGCAAAUUAGGGCCACCUGGGCUAGGAGGAGAAAGAGAAAAUGAGAAGGUGUAAAGGAGGAGGCAGCUGGUAUAUCCCUUGGAGAGGAGAUAGAUCAGGAGUGGACUGAACAGACAGGAGAGUUAGCAUUGAGAGGCCCAAGAGUUUAUUAGCUAGCACCAGCUCUAGAAGGUACCUUAGAGUGGGCCUCACGCAUGGUUGAUGACCCUGAGACUUCAACGCUAACCAAACUAUCUCAAUUGGAUAACGCCCUUUUCAAAGUUUCAGGAUCCUGAUAAGCCCCAUAAAGCUGAAGGUGAACGGGUGGCAGGGCAGGGCAGUGUGAUGCGGAAGGACACCCUUACCCCAGUAUGUGUACUUGGUUGGCUUUGAACCAAACUAGCUUGAGAUUUUCCUCAAGGGGACGUUGGAGGCACUGGUGAAAGCCACUCUUACAUAUGCAUAUUUCCCUUAACACACUGUACACUUGGAUUUACCGUCUCUUUUUUCACUUAAUGGCAUAGCUUGGAGAUGUUUUAUGUGAAUAAAAUAUAUAUAUCUACUACAUUCCUUUUAAUGUCUUUCUAGUGUUCCAUUGUAUGAAAAAAUCAUUUUAUUGGAUGUCUGAGGUGUUAUCUAUAUUUUGCUAUUAUGCAGUACCACAUUGAAGAUUUUUUGGGGUCUAUGAGAGUAUAUCUUUAGAUAGUCAUCUAGAAGUAGAAUUAUUGGGUCAGAAAAAUCCUUUUGGUCAUCUAGAAAUGGCCACCUAGAAGUGAAAUUAUUGGAUCAGAAUGCUUUGUAAAUAUUUAUUUGGUGCUUUCUAUGUGCUAGGCACUAUGACAGGUACCAGAGAUAGACUAGGGAGCAAGGUAGUCUUGAUCCUUAUCACAUAGAACCUUACUGUGGGACAUAAUAAAAAGAGGUUAAAAGACAAAUUACAAAUUGCAGUAUCCUAUGAAGAAAAUAAGGAGUUUAAGGAGGGAGCAUUUUUUGAUAGGGAGGUUAGGGAAAGGCUAGGUAUGUCACAUUUAAGCUCUGUGUGUUUUUUAACUUUAGUAGAUACUGCAAUAUUGCCUUCCAAAGAGGUAUCAGUUUGCAUUCUUGCCUACAUCCUUGCCAAUAUGGUUGGUACUUUCAAAUCUUUUGAUCUUUGCCAAUCUGAUAGAUGAAAAGUGCCAUUUUUGCUUUUAUUUGCAUUUCUUUAAUUAUGAGUAAGGUUGAGUUUCUUUCAUAUAUUUGAGUCUUUUGUAAUCCUUUUUUUU